AUGAAGAUUUUGUUGAUUAAUUGGAGAGUGAAACAUCUUUUCAAGUAUAUUAGACAAAUUUGCUUUUUGGUUAUUCUAUUUAGUUUAAUAAUUUAGAUUAAAAUAAUCACUUCUUAGUCAACUGCACUUCUCUCUAUUUUUGGACUUAAGCUGCACCUCAUAUUUUGCCAUAGGAAUUUCAUUUGA